UUUGGAGGAGGGACUCCAUAAUUUAGAGAAGUGAACAGUUCCUGGUUUACCAGUGAAGAAGAAAGAGAGGCAGCGUUAAACCAUCAGAUCCUCCAACAUGAACGUCUGUCAGUCUCUGAUCUGCUUCUUCUUCCUCACACUGCAGGAUGGAAACAUUGGUCUCAUCAAUGCAGAAAUCAUCGAGCGUACAGGAACUGAAGGAGGAAACAUCACAGUUGGAUGCUCCUUCAUUUUCUCUGGAAAGAGGAGAAUGUUCUGUAAGGACGAAUGUAAACAUGAUGGAGACAUUCUCAUUGACACAGAAGAGGACACAGCUCAGAGAGGCAGAUACAGCAUUGAAUAUAAAAAUUCAAUAUUUUCUAAAACAAUUCUGUAUGUGAGCAUCACAAACCUGACUCAUUCUGACUCAGGACGGUACAGAUGUGGUUUGGUCAGAUCUUUCCCAUUCUCACCAUCAUACCAGGAGAUUGAGAUCCGAGUUACAGAUGCUCCAACCUCUCCUCUCAGACCUUCUUCACCAUCAGUCCCAACAGCCUCCACACUGAUGACAUCACAGAGUUUAAGCUCCACACCUUCAUCAGCCUCCACACUGAUGACAUCACAGAGUUUAAGCUCCACACCUUCAUCAGCCUCCCCUGAAGCCAGUAAGCAGCCUCGACAGAAACACACAAGUACUCUGCUGUAUGUGGGUCUGACUCUGGUCGUCUUCUUCAUCAUGUUAUCAGUAGCUUUGCUGAUUUUCUGCAGGAUGAGAGCCAGGAAACCCAAAGAACCUCCUCUGGAAACUGAGUACUCUAAUGUCACAAAGGCCAACAGAGUGUAUGAGGAGAUCAGAGAGGACAGACAGAGCACAUCUCCUCCUGUAGAAGUGUCUACAGUUUACACUUACGCCAAAUACACCAAACCAGAUGGAGUGGAAACCACAGAGGAGUACAGCUUAGUCACUGCACCCACUUCUCAGAAGAAAACUGAAGACGACCGGAGUGACCUCACCUACUCUGAGCUGGAUGUUCCCAACGGUACAGCUGCCUCGCUGCACAGCGCCCCCUGUGGUGACGCAGAUAACGUGGUCUACUCUGUUCCUCGGGUAGAAGCCAGCUCGGCCGGCAGCCACGCCCAAGACGCUUCACCUCCUCUGUACUCUACUGUUACUUUACAUCAGCUGUAGCUUCAACACUGUCAGCGCCACAUUUACUCUCUCAGGAGCCAACAGGGGACACAAAGUGAUUUGAAUGAGUCACAUUCACUCAAAGAAAUCUGAAAACUAUGUCAGUUACAGCUCACAUUAUGUUUUUUUUUUUUUUUGAAGAUGAAAUGUUUUUUAUUAGCUCUAUGUGUUUAUUGUUUUUGCACAAAUGUAUCUGUUCUUAUAGCAGUUAUAUAUUAUAUUAUUAUAUAUUGUAUUUAUUCUGUAUUUUUCAAACUAUAGUGGAUGUGUUUAGGUGCUGAAUCCAGUCAUCAUGAGAACAAUGGCCUGUACAGUUAUAAGUUCCUGAUCUUCUGAUACCAAAUAGUCAAUGGUAAUUUA